ACAAACAUAAGCCCUCUCCCACUCGGGGACUUCCGAGGAGCCUAGGACACGGCCCUGCCGUUGCAUCCGGCCGGGAUCCCCUGGAGCUCGUGACUAGGGCUGUCCUGCCGGCCGCUCCUCGGAUUUGUGACGUGUGGCAAGCUGUGGCGGUGACGGGGCCACCACACAAAGCAGGGCGGUCCGGGCGCAGGAGCCCAGGCCGAGAGUGCCGACGGCAUGGGCAGGGGACGGGGGGCGAGGCGCCCCCGGGCGCCCGGGCUCCCCGCAGCAUUAAAGUGAGCACCCAGCCAGCGGCUGGGGGCCGGCGGAGGGCGGGCCGUGGUCGCCCGGCGCGCGCCUGGCUGCUGUGGCCUCGCUUGCUGCCCGCGCGCCCGGCCCUGCGGGGGAUAGCCACGCCCUUUCGGGGGUGGAGCCACGGUCCCGGGAGGCUCUGCAGCUGGAGACGCCCGGGCCCGCGGGGGCUGUGGCAGCUGCUGCAGCGUCGGCGGCGGCAGCAGCGCCAGGAGCUGCUGCAGCAGCGGCGGAGGCUGCUUCUGGACGCCUUAGGGUCGCGCAGCCGCAGCCCGAGUCCGGAGGCUCAGGGCGGUGCGCUGGGCGCUGCCGCCGCUGCUGCUGCUGCGGGCCACCGGUCCUUACACGGGCCCCCACUGCCGCCGGGGCCGCGGAUGCCGUCCCCACUCCCGUCGACUCUGCCGGAGAGUGCGCCCCAGCCUGGACGCCGACCCCGACCGGGUCUCCACUCCUCCGCCGCACCUCCCAUGACAGCACCCGCUCGAAGAUGGCUGCGAAGGGCGCGCACGGCUCCCACCUGAAGGUGGAGACCGAGAUGGAGCGCUGCCGCGCUGAGGGCCACUGGGACCGCAUGUUCGAGCUGGUCCGGCAUCUGCAGACGCUGGGUAUUUCCGGCGGCGGCAGUAGCAACCGGCGAAACAGCCCGAGCGGCAGGUUCUCUCUGGACACCGAUGACUUUGGGAAAUUGCUGCUAGCAGAAGCCCUUCUGGAGCAGUGUUUGAAGGAUAACCACAACAAAAUAAAGGACUCUAUCCCUUUGUUGGAGAAGAAUGAGGACAGGCUGAAAGAAGCCAAAGAACAUCUGAGCAGCAUCCUUAACAAUGGGAAGCUGCCGCCACAGUACAUGUGUGAGGCCAUGCUGAUCCUGGGCAAGCUGCAUUAUGUGGAGGGCUCAUACCGGGAUGCCAUCAGCAUGUACGCACGGGCCGGGAUUGAUGACAUAGCCGUGGAGAACAAGCCCCUUUAUCAGAUGCGGUUGCUGUCAGAGGCGUUUGUCAUCAAAGUCCUUUCUCCUGUCAGCCUUGCUCAGUACAUAUUGCUCUGUCCUGCUCUCUACUCUCUCCAGCAUGCCUCCAGCUUCUUGGGGGAACACCGUCCUGGUGGUCAGAGGUCCUGCCAGGGAGGCCUCUCCCUGGAACGCGUGCCCAGCUCCGUUGCCUCCCACAUCCGCCUGACUGAGCGUGAGGAGGAAGUGGUGGCCUGUUUUGAGAGGGCCUCCCGGGUAGCUCAGGUGUUCCUGCAGGAGCUGGAGAAGACUUCAAACAACAGCACAUCAAGACACCUGAAAGUCAGUCCCUCGGUUGACUAUGAGCUCACUUACUUCUUGGAAGCUGCGCUCCAGAGCGCAUAUGUGAAGAACCUGAAGAAAGGGAACAUCGUGAAAGGCAUGAGGGAACUCCGGGAGAUUCUGAGGACCGUGGAGACCAAAGCAACGCAGAACUUCAAAGUGAUGGCGGCCAGGCACCUGGCAGGAGUCCUGCUGCAUUCCCUGAGUGAGGAGUGCUACUGGAGCCCCCUGUCCCACCCUCUGCCUGAGUUCAUGAGCAAGGAGGAGAACUCAUUCGUCACCCAGACCCUCCGCAAACCUCAGCUCUAUGAAGGAGACAACCUCUACUGCCCAAAAGACAACAUAGAGGAGGCCCUCUUGCUGCUGCUCAUCAGUGAGUCCAUGGCAACUCGGGACGUGGUACUGAGUAGGGCACCGGAGCAGGCGGAGGACCGGAAAGUGAGCUUGCAGAAUGCUUCAGCCAUCUAUGACCUCCUGAGCAUAACACUGGGCAGGCGGGGCCAGUACGUCAUGCUUUCUGAGUGCCUAGAGCGAGCCAUGAAGUAUGCAUUUGGAGAAUUUCACCUUUGGUACCAAGUGGCCCUCUCCAUGGUGGCUUGUGGGAAGUCAGCCUACGCCGUGUCGCUGCUGCGCGAGUGCAUGAAAUUGCAGCCCUCGGACCCCACGGUGCCCCUGAUGGCUGCCAAGGUCUGCAUUGGGUCCCUGCACUGGCUGGAAGAGGCGGAACACUUUGCCAUGGUGGUUAUUGGCCUUGGAGAGGAAGCAGGAGAGUUCCUGCCUAAAGGCUACCUGGCCCUGGGUCUCACCUAUAGCCUGCAGGCCACCGAUGCCACGCUGAAGUCCAAGCAAGAUGAACUUCACCGCAAGGCACUGGAGACCCUGGAGCGAGCCCAGGAACUGGCACCCGAUGACCCUCAGAUUAUCUUCUAUGUCUCCCUGCAGCUGGCCCUUGUCCGACAGAUCUCCAGUGCUAUAGAGCAUCUUCAGGAGGCCCUGACGAUGUGCAAGGAUGAUGCCAAUGCCCUUCACUUGCUGGCACUGCUCUUCUCUGCCCAGAAGCAUCACCAGCAUGCUCUGGAUGUCAUCAAUAUGGCCGUCACUGAGUACCCUGAGAAUUUCAACCUGAUGUUCACCAAGGUGAAGCUGGAGCAGGUGCUGAAAGGCCCGGAGGAAGCCCUGGUGACUUGCAGGCAAAUGCUACGGCUGUGGCAGUCCCUCUACAACUUCUCGCAGCUGGGGGGCCUGGAAAGGGAUGGCAGUUUCGAAGGCCUCACAGUGAAGAAGCAGAAUGGCAUUCACCUGACUCUGCCAGAUGCCCAUGACGCAGACUCUGGCUCUCGGCGGGCAUCAUCGAUCGCAGCCUCAAGGCUGGAGGAGGCCAUGUCGGAGCUAACCAUAACGACCUCGGUCCUCAAGCAGGGCCCCAUGCAGCUGUGGACCACACUGGAGCAGAUCUGGCUCCAAGCUGCUGAUCUGUUCAUGGAGCAGAGACAACUCAAGGAAGCAGGUUUCUGUAUCCAGGAGGCCGCUGGCCUCUUCCCCACCUCUCACUCGGUGCUCUACAUGCGAGGCCGGCUGGCUGAGGUGAAGGGCAACUUAGAAGAGGCCGAGCAGCUGUACAAGGAGGCGCUCACCGUGAACCCAGAUGGUGUGUGUAUCAUGCACAGCCUGGGUCUGAUGCUGAGUCAACUGGGCCACAAGAGCCUGGCCCAGAAGGUUCUGCGGGAUGCUGUGGAGAGGCAGAGCACCUGCCACGAGGCGUGGCAGGGCCUGGGGGAGGUGCUGCAGGGCCAAGGCCAGAACGAGGCUGCUGUGGACUGCUUUCUCACCGCCCUGGAGCUGGAGGCCAGCAGCCCCGUGCUCCCCUUCUCCAUCAUCCCCAGAGAGCUCUGAGCCUCAGCAGUAGCCGCAGGCUGCCCAGGGCGGGCAGCAGACGCGAGCAGAGGGCAGGGAAGGACAGCUGCGCUCAGGAGUGCGGCCUCAGGGAAUAGAUGACUAGUGAACACUUCAAUGGGCUUCGACGCCACUUCUCCCCUCCUCCCACCUCCUGCAGGGCCAGCUGAGCCGGAGCUCCUCCUGUCUGAAGCUGGGUGGACAAGAUUUGCAUCUGAAGCAAAUGCCUCUCUCCUCUGAGAGAGCUUGGGCUCCCUUUGGAUAAAAGGUGUGCCUUGGAGCCAAGCCCUGCCCUUAGCCUCCCUGACCCCUGAAUUUCUUGGUUUGAGAUGAACCAAUCUUGAGUUGGUGCACCAUAGAGAUGAACUUGCCAGCACCCUCUGGCUGGGCCAAGCUUUUCCUGGAUGCCUUUCUUGGUGCCUUGGGAGAUGAACUGGUAUGAAUUUAAGUAACUUUGCAGAGCUGUAAUUCUACGUGCUUGACAACCUCGGACACAUCCCCCCCCCCAACCCCACCCAAUCUCAGGGCAGUGCAAGCUUGCCCAAAACAAACACAGCGUGAGGUUCCAGACACAAGGCAGACAGUGGGUUCCUGCUUCCUCUCAGACUGAGUUAGGGCUGUUGAUGCCUGGUUUUACCUCUGUGGGGAGGUCUCCUAUGUGCUUUCUCUGUACCAUCAAGUGCCUUUGGGGCUCAGGUCAAUCCAGGCCCCUAAAUAGUUCCUAAGUUUUCCAUUUUCACUCAUUCUCAUGACCCUGGAAACAAGUCCCAGCAAGUAAGGCCAGUGGCCUCUAAGAUAGGCCUGAAAAUAUAGAACCUAGCCAUUUCUAGUGCCUUAACUACAGUCCUUCAAGGCUUUCUCUAUAAUGCAGGUCCCUCUUGGGUGAGUGACAUCAAAAUGACAGUCUAUAGGACUCACCCCAGUACACCUCAUCACUCACAGCCCAGCUUUCACUUGGGCUUUGUUGAGUGACCCAAAGCCCCAGCCUGGCCCUACCCAGAUCUCCACAGAGGCCAUGGUUGGGUAGAGAUGGAGGAGGAACCUGGCCUGCCUCAACUUUCUGUUGCCCAUGUGAUCUGUUUGCCAGGGUCUGGCUGGCUGGGCAGAUAACCCUCACUGGCCCAUCAGUCAUCCACUCUGCUUUUGACACUCCCUCAGGAAGCGAUUCCCAAAGAUUUGGCAGAGAGCUCCCUUCUGUCUGCCCUGAAUGCUGCUUGGAAGCUCCCUCGGAUUCACCUUGCUCCCAGUUUGAAUGUAGAAAGGGGUUGAGAGCUGCUCUGCUUUACCAUGGCCGGCCAUAGCUUCCUUGAAAGGAAGAAGCCACUGGGCGUUGCUUGAUGCCCUACUGACUUAUCUUAUGUCCCCAGAGAGCUGGUGUCUCCUGGCCACAGCUCCAGGCCAAAGGUAGACUAUUCAAUCUUUGGUCUCUUGCUUAAAGGGUCUCUAUGUGUAUGUGUGUAUAUAAAUAUAGAUAUAUAUGCUAGAGAUCUAUAUUUUUGUGGAAUUCUGUUAGAGUAAAAAAAUAAGCAGAUACUAUUGGUAUUCCUUGAAGAGACAAUGGUUAAUCUUGGCAGUGGGAAAGACACCAAAUGCAUCUUACUGAGCAUUCCCUCUUUGGAGGCCAUGGGAGACAGGCCCAGUACCUAAAAGUGACUUUGGAAAGUGAAUAAAGGACCCUUGAAGGAAGAAACA